AGCGAGGUGUGCGCGUUGGAAAAUGAACAUCAGUGAAUGAAAAAGGCGCUCUGGAAGUCACUCAUUGCCCGCAGAAACGGUGCCGGUUAUGUAACUCGAUUUCAUGCGUAAGUCAAAAAAGCUCUCGGUGCGUCUCGUUGCUGGAGAUUCCUAACAACUUUUCUGUUGAAGUCGGUGUCUCGUGGCGGUCUCUGGUUAGCUGGCUUUCUGAUUGGGCAUAAUUUCGUCCUACUUGACAAUCAACAGCGUUUUUGUGCGAUUGUCCUCGGAGAAAGUCCUCCCCCCACACAUCAGGAUUUCUGAUUGUAAAUAUUCAACAUGUUGAAUAUUUAUGAUUCGCGAUCGAGGCCGCUCCGAUGUUCUUCCGAUCAGGUUCUGUAGUCUGAACAACUAACAUCAUGGAGCAAGAACAGAGUUUUAGUGACAAUUGACAGUAUCUUGAUGAUAAGCUAGUGUUUGGCAUUUUGGUACUGGCAAGCCGUAAGGACAAGCAGCAGGCAUUGGCUGCCAGUCAUCAGUAGAGGGACACCGGCUGCUAGCCAUUGGAGAUUUGUUAGUAGUGGCUAACCACUUGCAUUCGGUGGUUAGCGUGUGGCCUCUAUUAGGACUUCUGUGGGUGUUUUGAGCAUAGAAGACACGAAUGGGACACAACAGCCUUCACAGACGGCCUGAAUGGGAGAAGGAGUGAGCAUGGACAACCUUUCAGAGUUUGGAGGUCUUUGUCCGUCCAGCCAGAGGGAAUGGGACACAAGCAGUUGUGUGGAUGAUUUAAUGGAUGAAGAUGAGAAGGACAGAGCAAAGAGGGCGUCCCGUAAUAAAUCAGAGAAGAAGAGGCGAGACCAGUUCAAUGUUCUUAUUAAAGAACUGUGUACUAUGCUGCAGGGUCAAGGUCACCCUCGCAAGAUGGACAAAUCCACCAUCCUGCAGAAAACCAUUGACUUCCUGCAGAAACAGAAAGACAUCACAGCUCAAACGGAAUCCUGUGAGAUCCGGCAGGACUGGAAGCCCUCUUUCCUGAGCAAUGAGGAAUUCACCCAGUUAAUGCUGGAGGCAUUGGAUGGAUUCCUGAUAGCUCUAACUACAGAUGGGAACAUCAUAUAUGUUUCUGAUAGUGUCUCCUCUCUCAUUGGUCAUCUGCCGUCAGAUAUGGUGGACCAGAACAUUUUGAACUUCCUGCCAGAGCGAGAGCACGGAGAGGUGUAUAAACUUCUGUCAUCACACAUGCUUCUGACAGAGCCUUCUGCCGUCGACCUUAUCAACAGCAGUGAGACGCACAUCGAGUUCAGCUGUCAUUUAGCGAGAGGGAAUGUUGACCCAAAAGAACCGCCAACUUACGAAUAUGUCAAAUUCGUUGGAGAUUUUAAGUUUCAUAACAAUGUGCCUCUGUCCUCUAUAAACGGGUAUGAGCUGGCGUUCCCGCGCACACUUCAGUCCUCACUGGAAGAACAGAUCUGUCUCAUAGCCACGGUGAGACUCGUGACCCCCCAGUUCCUGAAGGACCUGUGUAACGUGGAGGAUGUAUGUGAUGAAUUCACAUCAAGACACAGUCUGGAAUGGAAAUUUCUCUUCUUGGAUCACAGGGCCUCUCCUAUCAUUGGCUACCUGCCCUUUGAGGUUUUGGGGACAUCCGGUUACGAUUACUACCAUGUGGACGACCUGGAGCUCAUUGCUCAGUGUCAUAAACAAUUGAUGCAGUGCGGGAAGGGAAAAUCAUGUUACUAUCGGUUCCUGACUAAAGGACAGCAGUGGAUCUGGCUGCAGACACACUAUUACAUCACAUACCACCAGUGGAACUCCAAACCAGAGUUUAUCGUCUGCACACACAACGUGGUCAGUUAUGCUGAAGUCCGAGCGGAGAGAAGGAGAGAUUUUGGAUUAAAGGAAACCUCAUCUGAUAUGGCGACGUCCUCAAUCAAGGGGCAGGAGGUGUUUUUAGACAUGUGUCCUCCCUUGGAUGCUCCGCGGGACAGAAUCAGCAGCACGCGAUCGGUAUCGUCGCAAAGCUCUAGAAAAUCAUCGCACACGGCACUGUCCGACUCGGCAUCAAACUCCUCGGUGAGGUACACAGAGCCAUGCCCGUCGUCACGGAAAUCUGCCUCCAUCGUUCCAGAGAAGACAUCCAGCAGAAUGCCACACAGCGGAUCAAAGAACCGGAUUAAAAGGCAGAACUCCUCUGAGCCUCUCUCCCCCUCCUGCAGUCAACAUACCACCAUGACACAAGCUUUGUACGGAUUCCAGCAGCCUCAGUUAGGCGUAAUGCAUCAACUGAAGGAACAGCUGGAAGAGAGAACACGCAUCCUACAGGCUGACAUUAAAACCCAGCAGCAAGAGCUGCACGACAUUAAAGAGAAACUACAAAUCGCUAACUUACAGAUGCUACUUCAGCAACCUAUACAGGGAGAGUUUGCUGCUUCAGGUCCGCAGCAACAGGGUCCAGGCAGGCCGGCCCAACAUGGCACACACCCCAAACCUCAACACUGUGUCUCACAUUCACCUCACACACUGCUCAGAGAACAGCCGAGUAGCUCAUCUGCUCAGGUGCAGCCAAGACUGGUGCAGAGUGGACAGAUGCAGGCUGUCAAUGUUCCAAUGCAGACACAAGCGAGUCUGACCACACCCUUCUGCAGCAAUCCAAUGAUAUUCUCUCCAAAUCACGGACACAGAACCCAACACGACACCCAUUGCCAAAGACAAACACACACCGAGUACAGCCAGGAUGCACAGCUACGGAUGCUGCUGAACCAGCCAAUGCAGACGCUUGUACCAGACAGCAGUGGGGGAGCAUCUUCCCAAUGCAGUUCAGCUGUUCUACAAACCAAAUAUCCUCUGGACCAGCAGAUGAUGGCUCCACCCUUCCCUGUGCAACAGAUGAAUUGCAACGCUGUACUUGUCCCCUCCCCUGUCUUCACCUCACCAAUCAUGAUCCCCCAUAAUAGUUUCAUCACCCACCAGGCCACGCCCACCUACACGCCUCACCCGUCAGCUACGCCGCACAGCUUACCACUACAGCAGCCUCAGCAGUUCUUUCAGAUGCAGCCUCAGGGUCUGAUUCACAGUGCUCCCACACAGGCCUUAUUCCAUACCCCAAAUGUUCCACAGCAAAGCACCGUGGGAUACCUACAGCCACAACAACAACAACAACAGCAGCAGCACCAUCAUACCCAGUCCGGCAACCUGUCGGACUACAGAAACAUGCUCCCGCGGUAGCCCCGCUCCCAGGGAGAAGCCAAGAGUUUGCCAAGAAAGCAUGCUGAGCAAUUAGCUCUGUGGCAUGAGUGAAAGGAAUGAUGGGAAGGGACUCUCGGCUCAGGCUCCCUCCAGAGCCAAAUCGAGAAAGCCAAAGUCCCUCAAAGUCCCCAUGAUAGCACAUGAUGGCAUCCCAAGGCUCUGCCCUGCCCAGACUGCCCAGAGAUGCUGGGAUGUGUAGGAGGAGCCCGAGGGGGCGUGACCCAUCUGUUAUUCAUGGAGGCAGGGGUCGCAAAGAAGCUCGGAGCGGUCUAGCAGAUGCUCUUAUUGACGAUAUUAAGAACUGGAUGCGAAGUGGAUUGGAAAGAUGCUAAGGCUUGAGCUGCAGUUAUAUUUGUUCCUAUGGAGGUUUUUUGGCACUUGUUACAGCUAGUUUGUGUUAUCUGGAAUUUUCAACAGACACAAGAGAGACAAAAUUAACCAAUCAAGAAAUACCUUGACAGUUAAACAUACAUUGGGUGAUAGAACAGCUGUGAGUGAUGUCACAUUUUGUCAUCACAUACUGUACAAAAAUGAGUAACUACACGAGUUAAGUGAGAAUCUGCCCCCCCAAAAAACAGAAUAGUCAAAAACUGCAUUACGCAGGGCUCAUCUGCACAGAUCAUAUCCUACAAAUCCUUUUCUGCUGAGUUUUGUGUAUGCGCGGUUGUUUUGGAGGGGAGGAGCUAGUCACAGCAAAGAUCCAGACAUUCUAAUUACAGUAAGACAUUUGGCAGCCUGUUACCACGUGCAGAACAGGGUCAAACCUCUCUUGUACUUUAGCUCUAUGGCCAGACAGACGUAAUGUUAACAUUACCAUAUAGAAACUUGAAUAACGUUAAAAUAUUUAAGAACAAUUUUAGGGUCAACAAUAAACUUUUCUACCUUUGUUCCUAGAUCUACUGUACAUAUUGUUCCUCCGCAUGAGUUAUGAAAGCUCAUUAAGAACAGACAUACAUUGCAAAUCUCAUUUUUACAUAACUUGUUUUUCAGGUAAAGCGUGUUGACUCUCUACACAAAAGGUUCUCAUUUGUACUUUUGAGAUGUUUCAGACAUUUGUGACCCAGAUGGUCCACAUGUUCACACAGUGAAACUGUAGUGAUGUUGUCCAUAUCAGCACAGCAAAGUAUGUGUUUGGUAUUUGUUUUGGUAUUUAUUCUUUUUCAAUUGAUAUGUGAAAAUCACAUGUCAGUAUUAUACAUAGAAAAAGCUCGGUUUAAUUUGGGUGUUAUAGCAGACGUGUGAAAUUCUGUGCGUGAGAUUGAAUGAUUUAAGACAAUCUUAAUGUGAUGACUUUAAACAGGGCUGCAGAAUUAAAGUAGUUCAUCUUCAAAAUUAAAAUUCUGUCAUUAUUUACACGCCCUCUUGUCAUUUCAAACCUAUAUGACUUUCUUCUGCAGAACACAAAAGAAGAUAUUUUGAAAAAUGUUGGUAACAUAAAACCGUUGGUCCCCAUCGACUUGCACUGGUUUCCAUACAAUAGAAGUCAAUGGGGACCAACGGUUUUUGGUUACCAACAUUUUUCAGAAUAUCUUUUGUGUUUGGCAGAAGAAAAUCACACGGGUUGGAAAUGACAACAGGGUAAGUAAAUGAUGACAGAGUUUUCAUUUUGAAGGUGAAUUAUUUCUUACAUAUUAAAUAUUUUCACCUACCUGUGUAACUUGGGCUCACAAAUGCAUCUCAAAUAUUAGCGAAAACAUGCACUUAUUGGACCUUCUUCACGAAAUACUACCAGAAUGUUUUGCUUUUGUUUCAUGAAUAAGAACUAUUGUCUCCUUUUCAUUUCAUUUUUAUGUUUUGUUUUGUCACACAAUAGUCAAACAUUUUACCUCUUACAAAAGAGUAGAAGAAAAACAUCCAGAAAUCACAGAACUAUUUUCUUCUUCGUGGGGACUUUAAGCUGUGCUCUCCCCUGUCCUGUCAAACCUUGCACAUGUAAAGACUGGUGCUGAUUAUUUUUGUAAAACUGAGACAAAUCUGUUUAAAGUCUAAAAUCAAGGUUAGUGAAAGCUUACAAUAUGUGCCCUUCUGCAUGCUGUGCAAUGGAAAAAAACCAAGAAUGUUUGUAAUUUAUACUUAUAUAUAAAAUAUUUUUGUUUGUAGGCAGGUAUUUCAUACUAGUAAAAGCCUGUUCAAAUGAAAAAUAUUUUUGUAUGAUACUUAACAUUCCUUUAGUUAUGUACAGCAAAGUUUGAAACUCCCGGACGCUCUCAGGUGCGACAUACGCGGGUGUUUUGCUUGCACAUCUUUAGAAAUUAACAUGUGCUUUUCCCAAGCACCAUAAUUCAGUGGUUUUUACUGAUUAAAUUACCCAAAGGAAGCAUUCCAUCAAUGAUUUUUUUAAUUUAUAACCCUUAUAUUAAAUUUCCCAUUAUUUUAACACUAUAUCUACCUGACCUGCCCAUUUGAAACAUUUCUAAACAUUUUCCAAAGGUUUUUGUAAGGAGUCUGAAUUGUAUAACUGGUCAUCUCAUCACUUUGAUUGCCAAGGUCCAACUAGAAAGAUGUUUGAUGUGUUUUUGUAUCUUUAUACAUUGAAUAUGCUGUAUGUUGCAGCAGUUCUGUGGACAUGGCUUGGUUUUGCAUGAAUCUAAACAGCAACGGUUAUGAGACUGAAAUACACUACAAGACUUUUGCUCAGAUUUUGCCCAGAUUUUCAGUCUGGACUUGUUGCAGAAAGUCUGUGCCAGUCUACAGAUUUGAUCAGUUAGUGUGUUUCUAUCUGAAACUUUCAAAAAGUCUGCAAGUGUAUGAUGUCUAGUUUAAAAAAAAAUCUGUUCAGAUUUUAAGUCUUUUAGUGUAUUCCAGCCAUUAGACGAAUACACGGCUGAGUUAGUAGCACACAGUAUAAUGUGCCAGGGUGUUCGGUACCAGUGCCUCUUGUUUUCUGUCAAAAAUUGCAAAGGCUUAACCGAUCCAAUGUGUUCAGUCAUGUGCCAGCCAUUUUAGAGAAACAUCUGUGUGCAUCUUACCCUGAACAAAACCAGCUGCUUCCUUCCGGUUCCUUAGUUUAACAGCUAUUGUGGUGUUUUCUCAAAUAUUUUGCAAGCCAGACUCAAACAUUUAGUCUCAAAUGCUGCAAGGUUUGAUAGUUUUACUGUGUUGGCUGUGUUGUUUGCACAUAUGGAUGUUUGCAUCUUUGUGUCUUAUAGGGCUGUGAGUGGUGAAGGAAAACUGACCGUCUUCUCUUUUCUCUCCUGUGAAACUUAGCUCUGCUUGUGGAGACUGCACUUUAUUCUCACCCCCCCCCCCCAACUCUUUUCAUUUUGUAGAUUUCACUCUGGCCUGGAAUUCUCCCCCAAAGUGUCUGUUCUAAUGAGCCUUAGGCCUUGUGGGUUUGUGUGACUGUGUGUUGGGAGUAUGAGAAGAGAAAAAAUGGCACCUGGUGUAAACAGCCAUCUCUGCCGAUAUGCUGCAGAAAACACAAGAUGUUGUAAUAUGAUGUAUAAGCAAGAUAUUUAGAAAAUAUAGUUGUUUAUUUUAUAAGAUAUCUAAUAGAAAUACAUUUAUAUAAAUUGUCUGAUCUGAAAGUUAAAAACAGAGAUAUUUUGUAACAGAAUUAUUAUUGAAGUGUCUUGGGGGGAGGUAAAGGCUUUCUGUUUUUCAGUUCAGCUAGUUGGUUUUGCACAGUUGUUGUAUGGCUUGUUUACCCCUUUUUUCUUUCGUGUACAUAAACCAUCACAACAAGCUUUAACAUAUUGUUAAUUAUUGUUUUAGUAAAAUUAUUAAUAAAAUGUUUACAUU